AAAGAUUUUAAAAACUGAGGAGCAAGAACAGGCAAGUCACAAACUGGUGAAGCUGCACUGAACAGUAUGGAGAAGAAAAACACAAUUCUGCGAGAAGGAUUCCUGGUCAAAAGGGGUCAUCUUGUGCCAAACUGGAAGGCGCGUUGGUUUGUUCUGAUGCCUGACAAGCUGCUUUAUUACAAAUACGAAGGAAGUAAAAGGGACUCAUGUCAGCGAGGGAAAAUCCUGCUGAAGGACUGUGUGAUAACGUGUCCUUUUCUGGAGUGUGAAAAUCGACCGUUGGUGUUGAAGCUCCAGACCAAAAAUUCAGUGGAGCAUUUUUUGGAGGCUUGUUCCAGGGAGGAGCGUGAUGAGUGGGCUGCUGAUAUCACCAGUGUGGUCCACAAGUUGCAGACAGGUGACGGUGGGAAGGUGACCAACCAGCAAGACACUGCAGCGUCUGAAUUGCACAACGUCAUCGAUCUGAGCAAAGUCCUGGACUCUAUGUAUGAUGUCCACAGUGGAAUAAAGAUGAGCAGCCAUGUGGAGCAGGGCAACACUUACAGCAACUGUUUUUCAGGUUCAGCCGUGGUGGACUGGCUGGUGUUCAUGCAGCUGGUUCUGACCCGUGUAGAGGCAGUAACGCUGGCUUCGGCCCUGCUGGAGGAGGGUUUCCUGAGGACAAUCGGCCUGAAGAGUGCGGAGGCUCUUCGCACCGCUGGCCUCAGUGAGCAGCUUGUGGACGACUCGACAGCUCUGUACAGCUUUUCUGAAAGCUUAAAAAAGAGAGGCAGUGUGAAGGCACAGACAUCUCUGUCUGCAGUGGAACUGAGUGGAAAAGUCAUGAAGAGAGGAUAUCUGCUUAAACAGGGACACAGAAGGAAAAACUGGAAAGUGAGACUCUUUGUGCUGCGUUCAGAGCCUGCUUUCCUUCAUUACUAUGACCCUACAACAGAUGACAUCAGCCCUGUCGGCGGCUUCUCACUGCGAGGUUGUCUGGUGUCAGCUCUGGACGAUAAUGGAGUUCCCUCAGGUGUAAAAGGCAACGUUCAAGGCAACCUGUUUAAAAUCAUCACUCAGUCUGAGACGCAUUUCUUCAUCCAGGCUCCGACUCACCAGGAGAAGAUGGACUGGAUAGAGGCCAUCAGAGAGCAGACAUAGAGCUGUGUACUGGGGUGAAAAAGAUAUACACAUUCCAUGAAUGUACUGCAAAUACUGGUAACUACUGGCAACAUACAAUAAAAUCAACAUCAAAAUGUUACACAAUAUUUCCGUCCAAAUCUCCAAUAAUGUAGAUUUCCACAAAAUGUCUCAUUUUCAGCUUGUUUUUACUGUAUUUAGAGUUUGCAUUGACAGAUAGUUGUAGCAUUGUCUCUUGUUUUAUGUAUUUUAAGCAUUGUUUCAUCAUUAAAUCUAUUCUUGUUUUAUGUACUCCUUUUUGUAUU